AUGACCACAAGCAUUGUUGCCCCCAACUGGCUAUGCAAGCUGCUCGCCGACGCUGGCGUGCCUGACGACGACGUCUUUGCCCCCUAUAUUGUUCAGCUCAUCGAGGACCACGCCAAUGAUGAGCAACACUGCCAAGAGGCUGUUCAAGAAGCUUUGGCCGACGUGCUGGAGGACCAUCGCCCGUCCGACUUUGAGACAGCUGCUCGUGAUGCCACGGCAGCCAUCUUCUCACAGCGCAAAUUGCGCGCCUGGGACAACGACCCACAACUCCUCCAACAGGGCAACCUGCAGCCCGUGCGCUCCCGUGGGUCAUCCAUCUCGGCCGCCCAUUCUCCGCUGACCAAUACCCCACCAGAUGAAGCGGGUGCCAAAUCUAGCUUUGACGCCGCUGUCGAAGCUCAGCAGCGCUAUCGUUUGGCCACCAGCCCCGCCUCUAGUGGCUCGCUCCGAACAAGCAGCCUUGGACAAGUGAAUACGGCUGCUUCUCAACUCAACAUUGACGCGCCCACCUUCAUGCCCUCGGGUCCUUCGCCUCUCUCCUCACCACGCAUGAUGGAGCAUGUACCCAUGCUUGGCCAGUUUUCACUAAGCCCUUUGGAUAGCCAAGUGACCAUGAAUGAGGCCGAGCCAGCCCCUUUCUCCGGCCCAAACGAACUCGGCUCCUUGCUUGGUUCAAAUGGGUCGCUCCACCCUUUUCCUGAGGAUGGUGCGGGAUAUGCCCCGCCCGGCCUACGGUCAUCCCGCACGAACGCUCAAGUUGGCGUUCCAAACGGCUUUGAUCUCCUUGCCUACCAGCAAGCCCGUCAAGAAGAAGGCAAUGGCCACCCCAGUGAUCACGGUUUUGCUGGGGGCAAUGAUUACCAAUCCAUGACAUCCGGUUACGAUGGAAUGGCAAGCCCCUCCCUGGACCCUAUGGGGUUCCCACCUCUUGCCGCUGGCAUGGCCGGCCAUGGCCAUCUUGCUGGACCCUUCAACCCGCAAGAAAGCGCUGAGUUUGACCCGCGAGGCGCCCAAGAAUUCUAUGCCACACCCGCCGACGCAGCAAACAUGUCAAGCGGCUACCCUCAUAGCGGUGGCCUGGAUGGCUAUGAUGACAUGGCCUUUGCUCUUGCUCAAGCGACCGGCGACCAGGAUCAGUACUACAACAUGCUAGCCGAAGAGCAAGGCAUAGGCCUUGAUCCCUUGAUUGAGCAACUUCUCGACUUGCUCAUCACUCAAGAAGACAGUGAUCUCAACGGCCUCAGUCAACUAGAGGAGGACAAGCUUCUCCUGGCCUUUCGCACUCUGCUGGGCAAAGAAGACGAUGCCCCUGCUGAUAGCAAGGACCCCAGCCGCACCGCACGGCGCACCCUUUGCAAAUUCUUCCAGCAAGGGUCAUGCCGUCGCGCUGACUGCUGGUACUCACACGAUCCAGCCGAGGUGCCCUGCAAGUAUUUCCAACGCGGUUGGUGUGUAGCCGGUGAUGCCUGCACCUUUUUUCACGACCGCACCAAUGAAACCUUGAGCAACUACAUGAGUUGGCUCCGCUCGGUGCUCACCGGCGGUCGCGCGACCGUUGAAGCUGUCCUCGGACGCGAAGACGAUUCGCCUGACGUUCAGUACGGCACACUCGAGCACCAGCAAGCAUUCCCCUCCCUGCACGAUGACGGCGAGGCUGGCCAUGGACACGUGGUGACUGGCUGGGAGCCAGCCGGCUCCAACGAGCUCGUCUGGGAUGGUGCCAAGCAGAUUGGCUUUACUCAUCUUCAACAACAGUUCCCAACAAUCUGGAAGGAUGAUAUUAUGGAGGUCUGGCCCGGAGCGAUGUUUUGCAUGCGAGCCAACCACAGACAGAUCAAACCCCCAUUUCGCAACUUGAGCCUAACUUUAUGCACCUCCCCCCCCCCAUCUUCUUUAAUGUUAUCCCACUGUAAAUGUGACGUCAGGUAUUUGCAUCAACGGGCUACAAUACGGCUUUGA